CUCGUGUCCAGCUAAUUACAUCGGAGGGAACUCUUUCACAAGGGUAUUACGGCGGAGCGCGCAGUCCUCAACACAGCUGGUUUAUCGACUCGAGCCGCAGUCGGAUAUAUACGAGCCAUGUUGUCUGCCUCGAUUUGCCUGGCUCACUUGGAUGCGGAUUCAACGCUUGGAAGCCCAGGUUUCGCAAUUCCCCAAAACGCAACUCUUCGGCACGAUGCGAACAUUACGCUGACGAACAUGGCUACGUGCUUCGAUGAGCUGACUACCAAGACAUUGACCCUUGCUGAAUACCGCCUGUAUCUGUUAUUUGUGAAUCGUCUACUCCAUGCUCUCACGGCUCUUCUCAGCGUUGAACAUGUUACGGCGCUGCAUGGCUGUCUCCAAAAUGGGGAAUGUGAAAAGGUCAUAGAGAGCUACCGGGAAACUGACGUCACCAGUGAGAACGUGGAAGGCGUAGUAGAACGAGCGUGCAGACACUUCGACGGCUACACGGACUGCAAGGUGGCCGAAGCAAGAUCCAGAUGCUCGGAAGAGGAGGCAGAAUACCUCUACGCUUACCUAACUUCCAUGGGCGGCCUACCACACAGACUGUACUGCAGCUAUCCUAAUAGCGCUGGUAGAGGCACGUCACCUCUGCGCUGCUUUCUUCUGCCGACAUUCCUUUUCGUUGUGUCACUAGUUCGCCAGUGACAACACCCAGGCGAGCUCGAAUAUAUGAAAGCUCGAAACUGUUAAAAAAAAAAACAAUAAAUGAGCGUGUAAGUUC